AUGGCGUGGAACGGUAACAGACCAAAUGCGUCGUCAACAACUGCUCCGGUUGCAGCUCCACCGGCAGCUCCAUCUGUUCCGGCAACGGGCAAUUCCGGUGUUGCAGGAACGCCCUUUGAUCCUAACGAUGCCGCCAGUCCGUUCUUCUUACAUCCAAACGAGAAUCCCUCACUGAUUCUCGUUUCUACGCUGCUAGAUGGUCGGAAUUACCACCCCUGGGCAAGGGCGAUGGAAAUGUCGUUACUGUCGAAGAAUAAAUUAGGGUUCGUCGACGGCACAAUCUCAAUGCCAAAUAUAGGAGAGGUCAAAUAUCCCUACUGGAAGAGAUGCAAUAACAUGGUCGCGACAUGGAUUAUGCAAUCUGUCUCUUCUGAGAUCGCUCAUACAAUCCUGUGGGUGGGCACGGCGGAAAGGAUAUGGAACACCUUGAAGGCAAGGUUCAGCGAAGCAGACAUCUUCAGGAUCUCGGAUCUCCAAGCUGAAAUACACCAAAUAAGGCAAGGAGACCUAACUGUAAGUGCAUACUUUGCUAAGUUGAAGGUUUUGUGGGAUGAACUUCAGGUCAUAAGACCAUUACCAGUCUGUAAAUGUGAAAAGAGAUGUGACUGUGGCUUAAUGCAAACUCUAGAACAACAAUUAGAAAGUGACAAUCUCUCAGUCUUCUUGAGGGGACUCAAUGACAGUUAUGCUUCUGUACAAUCUCAAAUAAUGAUGACAAAGCCCCUUCCCUCUGUUGAUGAAGCCUUUAUGAUGGUUCAACAACAAGAAAGAAGGUUCAACAAUGCAGGAGGACCAAUUCAAGAAACUGGCAGUAUCAUGUUUACUCAAGGCAAUAGCAGAAAAUAUCCCUCAAAUAAUAGUAAUAAGAGACCUGUCUGCUCUUGUUGUGGAUAUACUGGGCAUACUGCAGAGAAAUGCUAUAAGAAACAUGGCUAUCCUCCAGGAUGGAAGCCAAGAAAUAAGGCUGCUGGUUAUGCUAACCAAAUGCAACUCAACUCAGAAGAGCAGCCUCUUAGUGGGAAAUCUGGUUCUGUUACUUUGAGCCAGGAUGAGUAUAAGUUGCUCAGGCAGCUUCUGCACAAAGACAACAUAGCUCACAGCCAAUCUGAUUGCUGCUAG